UUUUGAAUAACUUCAAAAAUGAUAAAUCAAAUGGAAUCAGAAAAUUGCGUUGGGUAAAAUUAUAGCUAUUUUUCAAUGAAAUUGUGAAAUCUGUAUAAUACUCAAUAUAAAAUAAAGUCAUUUUGAAAUACUAAUCUAAAUGAUUAUGAUUUAGCAAAAGCUAUUUAUGUAAACAUCACAUAUAACUAUCAUGGCUUUCGUAAAAAGUGGAAAGAUACCUAAAGAUGCUGUACAAAUAGAUGAGAUAGAAGCGGCUACUUAUAUGUGGGAUAUAGUUACUAAAUGGAACAACAAAUCUGACACGUGGGCUUUGAGGUUUGGUGCGUUAGCUUUAGGAGCAAUCAAUUCUAUAACCGGUAUUACGAUAAACAGGCAUUAUAGAUGGAAAUUCAGGUUAGGAGAUUAUGGGUUCUUUUCAUCUGCUAUACCUAUUGUGGUGAUGCCUGGAAUUCUUACCAUUGUGUUCCAUAAAUAUCUAGUAACGACGGAUAUAUUAUUAAGUGAAAGAAGAAAUUGUCCCAUUUGUUACGAGCUAAAGUCAGCAGCCAUACAAGUCACAUUUGGUAUAUUCUAUCCAAUGGUAUUAGCACCUACAUCAGCUCUAAUGUUCGCCAACAGAUACUCAACAUAUAGAACUCCGCAAUUAUCUGAAGGUCCAAAGGUAAUGUUUAAUUUCUUAAGGAAACAUACCACAAAGUCAUUAACGGGACCUUUAGCAUAUCUUGCCGUGAUCCAACUAGCUGCCUCCGCUACAGUCACAUACUAUGAAAUGAAAAACAACUCUUCUCUCAAAAGUAAACUAAGAGCAAUCGAACAGAAGUUAGAUGAGGAAUUAUAUCAGUGAAAUAUUAUUGAUAUAUUGUAAAUAUUUAUUAAAGUAGUUGUGUUAUUAAUGU